UAAGCUUUACAGCAAAAGGGAACCAAAAGACUGCAAGAGAUUGCAGAGUCUGAACAGCGGUUACACGGCCGCCAUCUUCUCUAAUGGAAUUAUGGAGAGUAGCCGCCGUCGCCGACCGACUGUUUAUACUCGCUCGUGAUCCAAACAAGAUAGUUGAUUCCGAUGAGUUCUUCAAUCUCUGCAUCGUUCUUGCCAGAGGUAUUGACUACAUUGUUUCAAACAAUGAAAACCCUGAAAGAUUUGAAGACUUACCCGCAAUAUUAAAACAGGUUUGCAAAUGUAAAAAUGACUCUGUAAUGGGAGGUAUCUUCGCGCUGAUGUUAUCUGUUAAGUAUGCUUGUAGAUUUGGAUUUUUUUUGGCGAAAGAUUCUGAAGAACUUCUUGCCCUUACAAAUGAGAUAGAAAGCAGUUACUGCGUCGGGGAUAAAUUUUCUAGUAGAAAUGAUACUAUUUCUAAUCUAACAACAAUUAUGUCCAGAUUCUAUCCGUGGUUGAGGAUGGGGCAGAUACUGACUUGUAUUGAAGUAGAGAAGGGCUAUGGGUUAUAUGUGAAGGAUUUCUUCGUUCAGAAGAAUAUGCAUUUUCCACCAACCGACCAAAUUCGAUUUUUGGUAGCUCGAACUGACUUAAUGGAGAACUCUUCUUGCAUCAUAAAUCCCCCACAAGUAAACUUUCUGCUCAAUGGAAAAGGAGUUGAUAAAAGAACUACUACUACUUUGGAUAAAGGCCCACAAAUGCCUACAAUUGUUACACCAAUGCUGUCUUACGGUGUUAACCUUCUUCAAGCUGUGGGAGAAUUCAAUGGGAGUUACAUCAUAAUGGUUGCUUUAAUGAGUCCAAUCUCAAGUGUUGCUAUCCCUGUCCAAGAUUAUGUUCCUCCUGUGGUUACUUCUCAUGAUUCUGACCCUGAAAUAGCCGAAGGGGCGUCACGAAUUUCAUUGAACUGUCCAAUAAGUUUCAAGCGUAUCAAAACCCCAAUAAAAGGGCAAUCAUGCAAACAUCACCAGUGUUUUGAUUUCAAUAACUUUGUGGAAAUAAAUGCAAAAAGGCCAUCAUGGCGCUGCCCAUACUGCUCCCAGGAUCUAUUCUUAAGUGACAUCCGCGUAGAUCAAACUAUGGUCAAGAUCUUGAAAGAGGUGAAUGAGUCUGUCACAGACGUGAUUAUUUCCAUCGAUGGAUCAUGGAAAGCUGUCACAGAAAACAAAGACAAUGCAGAUAAGCUUCAUUCUACAAACCUAAAUAUUCAACAAGAUGCAUUAAUGAUUGAUACACCUCCAGAUUCAGAUAUUAUUGAUCUUACUGAAGACAACGUUGAUAAACUAUUUUCUAAUGCGUGUGAAGAACCUCAAGAUGUGAAACCUGUUCUAUUUGAUAAUCAAACUCAACCGUGUUUGAUUAGCACAACUUUUUAUGAUGAUGAGAACUCGUCUUCUUCUCACACUGAUGAUGAUUUUUGGUCUGGGUUAUAUCUUCCAACAUUUGAAAAUCUAGCAUCAGAUGAUCCAUCUUCGAAUUUCAUGUCUCCUCCAUCGUUUCUUUCCUCUACUACUCUUAAUGGUGAAAGUACUGGUAAUAAUUUUGUGCCGUUACAGCAGCAGGCAGUGUAUGGAACGAGGCAGCCAUCAAGACCUGACUUAGCUCCUCCUCUCAAUACAUCUUCACUCAACUUGUCUCAGAUGCAGCCACAGCAGCCAUCAAGACCUGACUUAGCUGCUCCUCUCAAUACGUCUUCACUCAACUUGUCUCAGUUGCAGCCACAGCAGCCAUCAAGGCCUCAUUUAACUCCUCUCAAUACAUCUUCACUCAACAUGUCUUCAUUGCAGCAACAGAUCCCACAGUUGGAUCAAAGAAACAGGUCGAAUCAAGCCACAACUGGUCACUCUUCACUAAGUCCACGUUUUAACGCUCAAAGAGUCUCGGCAGCCUUAUCAACAGGAUUCGAAAAUCAACAACUUCAUUCCACUAGCCAUUCUUCAGCCCCUUUACUGCGAUCAUCUAAUUUCCAACAAAGACCAAUAUCUCUCGCGGGAAGCCAUCAAGGCAGACGAGUUGAGUUCAUGCAAACUCCAUCAUCGUCAAGGCAAUCUCCAUCCCCUCCAGUUUGGACCUCAACACAAAUUCCAAAUAAUUAUUAUAGAGGAAAUAAUACAGGAGCAAUUCCGCCUCCGCCACCACCUGGCAUGAACACACAACUUCAGAAUAAUAAUAGAGGAAGUAAUAUGACCGGUAUUCAGCCACCACCCGGCAUGAACACACAACUUCAGAAUAAUAAUUAUAGAGGAAGUAAUAUGGCCGGUAUUCAGCCACCACCCGGCAUGAACACACAACUUCAGAAUAAUAAUUAUAGAGGAAGUAAUAUGGCCGGUAUUCAGCCACCUUCGCCGCCACCUGGCAUGAACACACAACUUCAGAAUAAUAAUUAUAGAGGAAGUAAUAUGGCCGGUAUUCAGCCACCUUCGCCGCCACCUGGCAUGAACACACAACUUCAGAAUAAUAAUAGAGGAAGUAAUAUUGUCGGUAUUCAGCCAACGCCGCCACUUCCGCCAGCAAGUUCUGUGUCUGAACAAGAAUGGCGUCCGACAGGGCGUAUGAGGGGAAGUUUAUCGGGACAGGCAUACGAGGAUGCUCGUAUGCAGUUUAUUGUGCGACCAGCUCUUAUGACAACUACAACAACAACGCGACCAGCUCUUAUGACAACUACUACAACAACGCAGACAAGCAGUAGAACACCACAAGAGUUGUCUGGAAACACGACGCCGCUCCAUUUGAUUAAUGCGAGGAACAGGAUGGCUCAGGUUUCUCAAACUGUUAAUCUUUCUGCAACAAACGGAGGAAAUUCAAGUACUUUCUCUAAUGGGUCUGCUAGGAACAACUGAUUUAAAGAAUGGUUCUUGUUUUUGUAUAUCAAGGCCAUUGUAGUAGAAGUAACUCUAAUGCAUUAGUACUUUUAAGUUGCAAGUAUCUGAAACUGUAUUAGUACUAUUAUUAUGGCAUCAUUAUACUGGUAGAAGUUUGUUUAUUUUUUGAUAGUAUUAUUAUAUAAUACUAGUUUCAA